UUAUACAAGAGAAAGGCCAUCAUCGGGGGAAAGGCCAGAUACCACUACCUCUACUACCACCAAUACUACCUUUACAAUGUCCGCAGCCAAGAUACGUUUCGCGCCAUUACCCGACCCACGACAGCAGACCGACGACGACGACGAGUCUGAGACAGAGCUCUCACAGCCCUUCCCAUCGUCGUCCGACACAGCGAGCGACAUUUCUACGAGCAUUUCCCCACCUUCAAUCCCAGCCCUUUCUAGCCCCCAACCCCAGUCUUCUCCUCGAGCAUCCUUUUGGGCGUUUCCAAGAAAGAAGAAAUGCCUGGGGGGGUCGCAGUCGAGUUCAGCCUCUAGCUCCAUGCACUCGCUUACCCCUACACAAAGCCUCACUGCGCCCAUGAGCCUCCCCGCGCCAAGACUGUUAAGUCUCAGUCUGUUCCGGGGAGGGGAAAAGGAGAACGGGCAUGCACUUUCUCGCUGGUCAAGCCCAGGGAGUACGACCAGUGCCGACGCUGGGCUGUGGAGAUCCCAGAGUACGCAAUCAUGCAUCCCGAAGCAACAACGGAAGGGACGAGCACCUCCACCACGAAAAACAGAUGGCCUCCUAGCGACUAUACACACACCGAACCCAGCAAAGGGGACGCGAAUGCUCAAUGGGCGGGUCUACGGUCAAAAGAAGGCACAGAGAGAAAGGAACCUCUUUGCCAACGCUCCUGAUGCUGAGCCAGAGUUUGUUGAGUGGGGGUAUGGCGGGAUGGGGAGCGUCAAGUCGUCGAAGGAGGCGGGUGGGAAGAUGUGGGGCAAGCUGCAGAGUGAGGGCGGAGACGAGGAUGAUGGCGGUAGUAAUGCGUGGUUAAAGAAGCGUCGGGAGGAACGGGAACGGAAGGCGCGUGAGGAGCGUGAGGCGAAGGAGAAGGAGGAGCGGGAAGCAAAGGAGAAGGAAGAGAAGGAGCGGGCGGCAUCAUCACCACCCCCGCCUCCAAUGUCGCUGUCACCGUCAUCACCACUGCCGUCAAACCAUCCAAUAUGUUCGCCAAUAUCACCCCCUAAUGGCGAACAUAACUUACGCGCCGUGACAGUACCGGCCGCCUAUGUGAUGCGACAGGAGCAAUCCACGGACGCCGACGCGGAAGACGACGAUUCAGACAGUCGCUGAAGAGGAAUACAGUGAGGGCGAAGAGGAGUCAGAGGACUGAUGAAGCUGCCCGGAAAACAGUUCUCGGGGCGGGCGUCGAGAAGAUCAGUCGACACAAGACUUAGUGCAUUUUUUCUUUUUUCACCUACACUGCAAUUAUAUUAUUUUUGGGUUAUCAUCUCUAGCGUAUCGUAGUUUAGUUAUACACAGACACCAUCACAUCUCCUUCCCUGCUCAUCGUGCAAUCGUCUAGUACUGUAUUAUCUGCAACAUAUUUCGGGUUUUUCAUGGGUUCC